CUCAUCUAGGAACAUGGAUGGAGCAGCAGCUUUGGUUCUGAUGUUGUCAGCAAUGGCAGUGCUGUUGGUUGGUGUGGAGAGCCAGCAGAGGGUGUGUUACUCCGGUCCCCCACCGGAACCUGAUCCUGAUAAUCCGGAUGACUGGAUGAAGCAAGUCAUGCAAGAGAUACGGAAGCGUUGCCCGGGAAGGAGGCAACCCACCCUAGCUGGUGGUACGGAGAAACCUACCCCAGCUGUAGAGUGUUCCAGUCCGCAGCCCCUUGGUAUGGAGGACGGGACAAUCCAAGAUGAUCGCAUCACGGCGUCCAGUAUUUUGGGCACUACAUAUCCAGCCCGGAAGGCACGCCUCAACAUUGACAACGGAUGGGCAGCCUGGAGUAACGAUGCCAAUCCCUGGAUCGAGGUGGACCUCGUGCAGAGUACAGUGGUGACGGGCGUCACCACACAAGGCGGCUACGGUGUAUAUGUGACUGCGUACAAGGUGUCGUAUAAGAAGCAGCCCUCAUCCGACCGUGAACACGUGACGGAUGGAAAAGGAAACAUUAAGGUGUUCAUCGGUAACUAUGAUGCCUACACCCCGGUCACUAACCUGUUUGAUGAGAGUGUGGUCGCCACGGUAGUGCGCAUUGAGCCUACUGAAUGGCAGAAUGGUCUUGCUCUGCGAUUGGAGCUGCUUGGAUGUCGCCGUGGUUAAUUCAGCUGAAGCAUUCAGGUGAUUCUCUCCGAUAGCGCUGACAAAAUUUCACUCUAUAUAAAAGUAAA